AUGCUGAAAGCCACUCCAGUGCGGAGAGGAUCAAUCGGCAAGGGGGGCAGCAAAGAUGCAAGACGGGCAGAUCGAGCAGACACCAGGCCUGGAGGUGACAAGACUGCCAAGGGCUCAACGAUUCCUGCGAGACCGACGCGAAAAGGCAGGCGAGCAAUCAUGGGUGCUUUGAAGCCGGCGGAAGAUCAACCCGAAGUGACAGAAGAAGCCAAGGCUGGGGUGUUGCUGCUUCUUGGCAUGUACAAGGAGCUGGAAGAUGCGCGUGCUCAAAUCGCGUACACUGACAGUCGCAUCCAUCGUGCGAAGAUCCAGCACGACGGGAGAACCGUCACGACAGGUGAGGAAUCGGACGAUGAGAAUGACGAUGGUGCGCCCGACAUGAAUCGGGAACUACGGCGUGAGGUGCAGCGAAAGCAGCGAGAAUUGAAUAUGUUGAGGAAACGUUGGGCGGAAGACAAAGGAAAGGGCGAAAAAGCUGUGGCGCGUCAUGCCGGGCUUGCUGGCAGUGCAGUAAGGUAUUUGCUGCAGGAUCGGCUCCAGGCGGAAGCUCAUGGAAAUGAAUCGGAGGACUCCUCGACGGAGUCUUCAGACCAAUCUGGAGCAUCGUCACAGGAUAACUGA